CACUAGAACACAAUAUGAGUCAAGAAGGAAAUACAUAUGGCGCGUGAUGCAUCAUCUUCAGCAUCAGAAACACGAGCAAAGCUCUCUAAAUGGGAGAAACCGAUGCAAGAAGUUCUUAGAAGAGGAAACGAUGCAGCUACGUUAUUAUGGAGGAACAUAAAUGUAUUAGCUUCGCUUUUGAUUGGGAUGACAGUGAUAUGGUUUCUGAUUGAGAUCGUUGAGUACAAUUUCAGGACUAAUUUCAGGACUCUCAUUUUUCACAUUUUCAUCACCAUGAUGCUUGUACUAUUCAUAUACUCCACGUUUGCAAAUAUAUUAAAAAGGAUUUCUUCAGGUGAAUUAAGUUUGCGAAACUUUCUUCUGAUCAUUGGUUCCCUCUAUAUACUGUCAGUGAUAGAAAGGUACUUCAGCAUUGUCAAUUGGCUACAUGUUGGUUUUUUAUGCUUGCUAACGCUGCCAAUUGUGUAUAAAUGGCACGUAUAGAAAUCAACAAUGGGUGGAGGUUUCACAAGAACUACCACAACAAAAUUCCCAGAGUAUCAGUAAAGUAAAAGAAAACCCGACAAACUAUUAUACUGAAAUAUUUAAAACAUAUGGUGUUGUACAUACAUAAAUAGUUGCUAUACAUUGAAGAUAAAAGGUGACGGUUAGCUCCAAAAAAACCAUAUAUAAAAUGAUGGUUCCAAUAAAACAAAUACCAAACAAUGUUCAUGAAUUUAUUUUUCAUACAUGUUGUGUGAUUCUAAGGUAUUUAUA